ACCUUUCCCUAGCCUAUCUAGCUACUUCCUAUAUAAACCCUCCCUCCAACUCUCAUCUCUUCAUCAAAUUCAUUUACUCUCUUACCACAACUUCUAUUCUAAUACUUCACCUUUGAUUAAUUUGCUUAAUUGAAGUGAACUAAGCUUUAGUUAAGCUAAGUAGUCUUGAAAAUGGCUUCAUCCUACACAUCUCUAGCUUUGGGUGCUCUUCUUCUCAUGAGCUGCGUCUCAUGGGGCUCGGCCGCCACCUACACCGUCGGCGAUUCCCAAGGUUGGGGCUUUGGCGUCAACUACUCAACUUGGGCUAGCGACAAGAAGUUCGUCGUGGGUGACCAACUUGUUUUCAACUACCAAACCAACCAACACACGGUCGCGGAGGUGAGCUCGAGCAACUACAACUCGUGCUCGACCAGCAACCCCAUCAGCACCAACACCAAUGGGCCCACCACCAUCACCCUCGCCACCGCGGGGUCCCACUACUACAUCUGCACCAUCCAGGGCCACUGCUCCGACGGCAUGAAGCUCGCCGUCAACGUCGCCGCCUCCUCUCCUUCCACACCGACAUCCCCGACGACACCCUCCACGCCGACCGCGCCCUCUCCCUCCACCCCGACGGUCCCUGCGCCGCCCUCCAACAGCAGCUCCGGAGCCGCCGCAGGCCUCGUGCCGACCUUAUCGGCGGUGGCGGCGAUCACCGGGCUCUUGGCGACGCUCUUCUAAUCCCGGCCAGGGUGGAGACAGUGCUAUAGCUAGCUAGCCGUUACAUUAAAUCUCUAGCCCUUUUGAGACAUUGAUUUUUUAUUCGAUCAUUCUAGGUGCUUUAGUUUGAUUAGUAUAAACAGCUUCAUUAUACACUUAGAGUGUGUGGAUUGGGAUGUUAUUUGUCAUGACGUUUGUAUAACUAAAUAAAGGAGAUAUUCGUACUAUUUAUUUUCA